UAAUCAAUUUCAGAGGCGAUAGGGGCAGGGGCCGGGGAGGCCGGUUCGGUUCACGUGGAGGACUGGUGCAAGGGUGAGUAGCUAACUAGCCAGUUGCUAGCAUAAUGAUGUUGCCUUGUAUUUCAUUCUUCUAGCCAGGCAGAUGAGCCUUGUCUUUACUUUGAGGUGGGAUAACACUUCAAAUUGAGCAAGCCUGCUUUUAGUUUUGUGUGACGCCAUAAUUGUUGAUUUACUAUGCGCACAACUGUAAAGUUAACCUGUCCAAUAUGAGAUUUAAGAUUCAUGAGGUCACUUUGCCAACUGAUAUUCAUAGAAGAAUGUCUGGCACAAUAUAAGAUGCAUUGAUGUUUCUUGGUCCCUUGUUUCAGGUAUCGACCAUUUGUCCCCCACAUUCCCUUUGACUUCUAUGUGGUGAGUAUUUGCCACUAUGCCAAGCAUCCUUCCCAUUCACAUGCGCUCUUGCACCAAUGGUUAUGUUGAAGAGGGCAUGUCAGUGGUACAGCAUGUAGCUCACUUUAAUUAAAAUCAACAAAGAGUCAGUCAAUGGAGAUCAGCUCACCUACCCAUACAGAUUGUAAUCAAUGGAGAUCAGCUCACCUACUCGUACACAAUGGUCUAAUAAUGCUCUAGUUGAAACGACAGGGAUAAUAAUAUAAUAAUAAUAUGCCAUUUAGCAGACGCUUUUAUCCAAAGCUACUUACAGUCAUGCGUGCAUAAUUUUUUUUGUGUAUGGGUGGUCCCGGGGAUCGAACCCAUUACAUUUUACAUUUACAUUUAAGUCAAUUAGCAGACGCUCUUAUCCAGAGCGACUUACAGUUAGUGAAUACAUUUUUUUUUUUAUACUGGCCCCCGUGGGAAUCGAACCCACAACCCUGGCGUUGCAAACGCCAUGCUCUAUCAACUGAGCUACAUCCCUGCCGGCCAUUCCCUCCCCUACCCUGGACGACGCUGGGCCAAUUGUGCGCCGCCCAUGAACCCACUACCUUGGCGUUACAAGCGCCGUGCUCUACCAGCUGAGCUACAGAGGACCACGAUCUUGUCAAAGUAAUACAGUAGCGCAGAUAGGGAUGUCGAGUGGACAGUGCUAAGCUGGCUCUCUGGUUCCCCCAGUGUGAGAUGGCCUUCCCCAGAGUGAAACCGGCAGCAGACGAGACUGCCUUCAGUGAGUGUCUACUGAAGAGGAACCAGGACCUCAGCCCCACACCCGCAGAGCAGGUAGAAAACACACACAAACAUUCUCUCUCGCUCUUAAACAUUCAACACACUUCACUCGGUCAUCCUCACUCAAACCACGCUUGCUUGAUCAUUUCACUCAAACUCUUGUAUGCACACACCAACAUAUUCCUUUAGGUAAUGUGUUAAACAACCCACUCCUACACUAUGCCACCAUAGAACUCUUUCAAUUGACUACAUGCAAACUCUCUGCUCCGACUUUCAGUCCUCCAUCUUGUCCCUGGUCACCAAGAUCAACAACGUCAUCGACAACCUCAUCGUCGCCCCCGGCAACUUUGAAGUGGUGAGUUCCAGAGCUCGGUAGAGAUUAGCGUGCCAAAAUGGUUAUGUAUCUGUAUUGGAUAACAUAUUUAGCCAUGUACAAUAACAAUGUGAAUUGCUUUCUCUUCACUUUCCAGCAAAUUGAAGAGGUGCGUCAGGUGGGCUCAUACAAGAAAGGCACCAUGACAAUGGGACACAAUGUUGCUGACCUGGUGGUCAUCCUCAAGAUCUUGCCCACAUGUGAGUUCUGUGUGUGUGUGUGUGUGUGUCCCAAAAAAGCAAAGCCCAGUUGUACAUUCAUUAACUGGUCUUCAAAUGUCAGCAUAAUGUCUCAGAUGUUGAUUGCUACACAGUAUUUUGCAUCUUGGCUGGGUUAUAGUACAAAUCAGUCCUCAUUCUGGACUGUAUUUCCCAGAGCAGCCAUUUUGAAAUUGCGUCCAUUGGUUGUACUGAACCCCCAUAAUGAAAGUUAUCUCUUGCAGUGGAGGCCGUCGCAGCUCUCGGCAACAAAGUGGUGGAGACCCUUCGCACACAAGACCCUGCCGAAGGUGACCUAUAUUACACAGUUACAUUUGUUUUCAUGUAGCCACAGUGAAACAUCAGUCACAGAAGUUAGAUUUAGCUUUCAAUAGCAUCAAUUGUACUCCAAUUUAGCUUUCUUGAUUUGUCGUGCCAUGUUGUUUAGUGAUGAAUUCAUACAAAAGUGAAAGUACAAGGAUAAUGUAGGCAUGCUGGGUAAUGGGAUAUGGGUUAUUCUCAAUCUUCACUGGUUGUGAUCUAAUGUUGCCAACUGACUCCCUCUCUGUGUCCUAGUUCUCUCCAUGCUGACAAAUGAGACAGGCUUUGAGAUAAGCUCUGCCGAUGCCACAGUGAAAAUCCUCAUCACCACCGUUCCCCCCAACCUGCGCAAGCUGGACCCCGAACUGCACCGUACGUGCACUCAGAAACUCACACGCAAACACGCAGCACAAUGUGAUAGAAUGUAAACAUGAGCUGCAACAUAAGUACACUCAUAGAGCUACAUAAAGAAGUUAAAACACUCACAUAGAUGCACUGUGAUUGGUAAACAGCUCUCUAUACCAUGCAUGCCAUACAUAAGCAUUCAUUGUAGACUGGAGGAAGAGUGUGUGUGUUUAAUGUAGAUGUAUUAUCUGUUUUCAGCCAGACGAUGGUGCUUUAAGUCAGGGUUUCCCAAACUCGGUCCUGGGGCCCCCCCCGGGUGCACGUUUUUGUUUUUGCCCAAGCACUACACAGCUGACUCAAAUAGUCAAAGCUUGAUGAUGAGUUGGUUAUUUGAAUCAGCUGUGUAGUGCUAGGGUAACCCUGCUGUAAGUGGUCAUAUUGGUGUUGAUGAUAUGGUCUCUUUCUCCCCAGUGGACAUCAAGGUGCUGCAGAGUGCUCUGGCUGCCAUCCGCCAUGCCCGCUGGUUUGAGGAGAACGCCUCCCAAUCUACGUAAGUCACCGUUUACCCUUAAAACCUUUUAGUCUUUUACCACUCACCCGGUUUACCCUCCCAAACCGAUAGAUCCUCAUAAUGUGUUCCAAAUUAUGUAAUAGGACCUUACACCUCGGUCUCCUUUUUUUGUUGUUGACCCUUUUCACAUCCUCAAUGUUUCUCACAAGUGAAGGAGGAAUAGAGGGAGGCUUUUUAAUCCUAAAUGUUUCAGCCAUAAUGACCAUUGUCUUGAAAAAUACUCUCUUCCUUUAUUAUCCUGUAUAAAUGGUGUAUAUUGUAAAUGGCAAUACAGUGAAGCGCCGACUAACUUGAUCCUUUUUAACUUCUUAAGAGUGUUACUCAUGUCCUGUUUGUUGUUAUUUAGGGUGAAAGUGCUAAUUCGCCUGCUGAAGGAUCUGAGGGUGCGUUUCCCCGGGUUCGAGCCUCUCACCCCCUGGAUCCUGGAUCUACUGGUGAGUCCAUAGAGACCAUAGUUAUACUGGAUAUACUGGUGGGGACACUACACCUACCAUUAACACAACUACUGGUAAACCAAUAGCAUGUGAUAAGGGUGAACGUUGGCACUUGGAGAGGCAUGAUAAUGGAUGAUUUAGCUAUUAGUUUGUUGUGGAUUACCACACACAGAGCAAGUCACCUGGCUAAUAUGUUUUGUGUGAUUCUCUGUCUUUGCUAUUGUAUUGACCCUAACUGAAAGCUUGUAUCACAUCACUGCAUAUCUAAAGGAGGAAUGAAUAAGAAAUUAAAAGCGUUUAAUGCGUUCCAUCUCAGGGUCAUUCUGCGGUCAUGAACAACCCCUCCAGGCAGCCCUUGUCACUCAAUGUGGCUUACAGGUGAGCCUCCCCAUUCCCUCAGUCAGUGCUCAAUGUAUCUGAGGUUGUUUUCGUACGUCUUACUAUUAGAUAUAGUAGUUUUUCUGUUAUGUUCAGUGUCUCAAUUCCAAAACUUUAUAUUAUGAUACUUUGCUGGCGGUGCCUAUUUAAAAAAAAAAAAUAUAUAUAUAUAUAUAUAUAUAUACAGUAUCUCACAAAAGUGAGUACACCCCUCACAUUUUUGUAAAUAUUUGAGUAUAUCUUUUCAUGUGACAACACUGAAGAAAUGACACUUUGCUACAAUGUAAUGUAGUGAGUGUACAGCUUGUAUAACAGUGUAAAUUUACUGUCCCCUCAAAAUAACACAACACACAGCCAUUAAUGUCUAAACCGCUGGCAACAAAAGUGAGUACACCCCUAAGUGAAAAUGUCAAAAUUGGGCCCAAAGUGUCAAUAUUUUGUGUGGCCAUCAUCAUUAUCCAGCACUGCCUUAACCCUCUUGGGCAUGGAGUUCACCAGAGCUUCACAGGUUGCCACUGGAGUCCUCUUCCACUCCUCCAUGAUGACAUCACGGAGCUGGUGGAUGUUAGAGACCUUGCACUCCUCUACCUUCCGUUUGAGGAUGCCCCACAGAUGCUCAAUAGGGUUUAGGUCUGGGAGACAUGCUUGGCCAGUCCAUCACCUUUACCCUCAGCUUCUUUAGCAAGGCAGUGGUCGUCUUGGAGGUGUGUUUAGGGUCGUUAUCAUGUUGGAAUACUGCCCUGCGGCCCAGUUUCCGAAGGGAGGGGAUCAUGCUCUGCUUCAGUAUGUCACAGUACAUGUUGGCAUUCAUGGUUCCCUCAAUGAACUGUAGCUCCCCAGUGCCGGCAGCACUCAUGCAGCCCCAGACCAUGACACUCCCACCACCAUGCUUGACUGUAGGCAAGACACACUUGUCUUUGUACUCCUCACCUGGUUGCCGCCACACACGCUUGACACCAUCUGAACCAAAUACGUUUAUCUUGGUCUCAUCAGACCACAGGACAUGGUUCCAGUAAUCCAUGUCCUUAGUCUGCUUGUCUUCAGCAAACUGUUUGCGGGCUUUCUUGUGCAUCAUCUUUAGAAGAGGCUUCCUUCUGGGACGACAGCCAUGCAGACCAAUUUGAUGCAGUGUGCGGCGUAUGGUCUGAGCACUGACAGUCUGACCCCCCACCCCUUCAACCUCUGCAGCAAUGCUGGCAGCACUCAUAUGUCUAUUUCCCAAAGACAACCUCUGGAUAUGACGCUGAGCACGUGCACUCAACUUCUUUGGUCGACCAUGGCGAGGCCUGUUCUGAGUGGAACCUAUCUUGUUAAACCGCUGUAUGGUCUUGGCCGCCGUGCUGCAGCUCAGUUUCAGGGUCUUGCCAAUCUUCUUAUAGCCCAGGCCAUCUUUAUGUAGAGAAACAAUUCUUUUUUUCAGAUCCUCUGAGAGUUCUUUGCCAUGAGGUGCCAUGUUGAACUUCCAGUGAGCAGUAUGAGGGAGUGUGAGAGCGAUGACACCAAAUUUAACACACCUGCUCCCCAUUCACACCUGAGACCUUGUAACACUAACGAGUCACAUGACACAGGGGAGGGAAAAUGGCUAAUUGGGCCCAAUUUGGACAUUUUCACUUAGGGGUGUACUCACUUUUGUUGCCAGUGGUUUAGACAUUAAUGGCUGUGUGUUGAGUUAUUUUGAGGGGACAGCAAAUGUACUCUUACACAAGCUGUACACACACUACUUUACAUUGUAGCAAAGUGUCAUUUCUUCAGUGUUGUCACAUGAACAGAUAUACUCAAAUAUUUACAAAAAUGUGAGGGGUGUACUCACUUUUGUGAGAUACUGUGUGUAUAUGUAUGUAUAUAUAUAUAUUACAGUUGAAGUCGGAAGUUUACAUACUCUUAGGUUGGAGUCAUUAAAACUAGUUUUUCAUCCACUCCACAAAUUUCUUGUUAACAAACUAUAGUUUUGGCAAGUCGGUUAGGACAUCUACUUUGUGCAUGACACAAGUAAUUUUUCCAACAAUUGUUUACAGACAAUUUCACUUAUAAUUCACUAUCACAAUUCCAGUGGAUUAGAAGUUUACAUACACUAAGUUGACAAUUGGAGGUGUACCUGUGGAUGUAUUUCAAGGCCUACCUUCAAACUCAGUGCCUCUUUGCUUGACAUCAUGGGAAAAUCAAAAGAAAUCAGCCAAGACCUCAGAAAAAUAAUUGUAGACCUCCACAAGUCUGGUUCAUCCUUGGGAGCAAUUUCCAAACGCCUGAAGGUACCACGUUCAUCUGUACAAACAAUAGUACACAAGUAUAAACACCAUGGGACCACGCAGCCGUCAUACCGCUCAGGAAGGAGACGCAUUCUGUCUCCUAGAGAUGAACGUACUUUGGUGCGAAAAGUGCAAAUCAAUCCCAGAACAACAGCAAAGGACCUUGUGAAGACGCUGGAGGAAACAGGUACAAAAGUAUCUAUAUCCACAGUAAAACGAGUCCUAUAUCGACAUAACCUGAAAGGCCGCUCAGCAAGGAUGGAGCCACUGCUCCAAAACCGCCAUAAAAAAGCCAGACUACAGUUUGCUGCACAUGGGGACAAAGAUCGUACUUUUUGGAGAAAUAUCCUCUGGUCUGAUGAAACAAAUAGAACUGUUGGGCCAUAAUGAUCAAAUCAAAUUUUAUUGGUCACAUGCGCCGAAUACAACAGGUGCAGACAUUACAGUGAAAUGCUUACUUACAGCCCUUAACCAACAGUGCAUUUAUUUUAAACAAAAAAGUAAAAAUAAAACAACAACAACAAAAAAAGUGUUGAGAAAAAAAAGAGCAUAAGUAAAAUAAAGUGACAGUAGGGAGGCUAUAUAUACAGGGGGGUACCGUUGCAGAGUCAAUGUGCGGGGGCACCGGCUAGUUGAGGUAGUUGAGGUAAUAUGUACAUGUGGGUAGAGUUAAAGUGACUAUGCAUAAAUACUUAACAGAGUAGCAGCAGCGUAAAAAGGAUGGGGUGGGGGGGCAGUGCAAAUAGUCCGGGUAGCCAUGAUUAGCUGUUCAGGAGUCUUAUGGCUUGGGGGUAGAAGCUGUUGAGAAGUCUUUUGGACCUAGACUUGGCACUCCGGUACCGCUUGCCGUGCGGUAGCAGAGAGAACAGUCUAUGACUAGGGUGGCUGGAGUCUUUGACAAUUUUGAGGGCCUUCCUCUGGAUGACCAUCAUUAUGUUUGUUUGUAAUGACCAUCAUUAUGUUUGUAGUAAAAAGGGAGAUGCUUGCAAGCCGAAGAACACCAUCCCAACCGUGAAGCACAGGGGUGGCAGCAUCAUGCUGUGGGGGUGCUUUGCUGCAGGAGGGACUGGUGCACCUCACAAAAUAGAUGGCAUCAUGAGGAAGGAAAAUUAUGUGGAUAUAUUGAAGCAGAAAUAAAUAAUUCUCUCUAGUAUUAUUCUGACAUUUCACAUUCUUAAAAUAAAGUGGUGAUCCUAACUGACCUAAAAUGGAAUUUUUACUAGGAUUAAAUGUCAGGAAUUGUGAAAAAAUGAGUUUAAAUGUAUUUGGCUAAGGUGUAUGUAAACUUCCGACAUCAACUGUAUAUACACACACACACCGUGCAUUCGGAAAGUAUUCAGACCCAUCCCGUUUUCCACAUUUUGUUACCUUACAGCCUUAUUCUAAAAUUGAUUAAAUAAAUUAAAUAAAUCACCAAUCUACACACAUUACCCCAUAAUGACAAAGCGAAAACAGGGUGUUAUUUUUGUGUGCAAAUGUAUUAACAAUAAAAAACAGAUACAUUUACAUUUACAUUUUAGUCAUUUAGCAGACGCUCUUAUCCAGAGCGACUUACAGUUAGUGAAUAAUUUAUUUUAUUUUAUUUUUUUAUACUGGCCCCCUGUGGGAAUCAAACCCACAACCCUGGCAUUGCAAACGCCAUGCUCUAUCAACUGAGCUACAUCCCUGCCGGCCAUUCCCUCCCCUACCCUGGACGACGCUGGGCCAAUUGUGCGCCGCCCAUGAGUCUCCCGGUCGCGGCCGGCUGCAACAGAGCCUGGAUUCGAACCAGGAUCUCUAGUGGCACAGUUAGCACUGCGAUGCAGUGCCUUAGACCACUGCGCCACUCAUGUAUUAUUUACAUAAGUAUUCAGACCCUUCGCUAUGAGACUCGAAAUUGAGCUCAGGUGCAUCCUGUUUCCAUUGAUCAUCCUUGAUGUUUCUACAACUUGAUUGGAGUCCACCUGUGGUAAAUUCAAUUGGUUGGACAGGAUUUGGAAAGGCACACACCUGUCUAUAUAGGGUCCCACAGUUGACAGUGCAUGUCAGAGCAAAAACCAAGCCAUGAGGUUGAAGGAAUUGUCCGUAGAGCUCCGAGGCAGGAUUGUGUCGAGGCACAGAUCUGCGGAAGGGUACCAAAAUAUUUCUGCAGCAUUGAAGGUCCCCAAGAACUCAGUGGCCUCCAUCAUUCUUAAAUGGAAGAAGUUUGGAACCACCAAGACUCUUCCUAGAGCUGGCCGCCCGGCCAAACUGAGCAAUUGGGGGAGAAGGGCCUUGGUCAGGAAGGUGUCCAAGAACCCAAUGGUCACUCUGACAGAGCUCCAGAGUUCCUCUGGAGAUGGGAGAACCUUCCAGAAGGACAACCAUCUCUGCAGCAAUCCACCAAUCAGGCCUUUAUGGUAGAGUGGCCAGACAGAAGCCACUCUUCAGUAAAAGGCACAUGACAUCCCACUUGGAGUUUGCCAAAAGGCACCUAAAGGACUCAGACCACGAGAAACCAGAUUCUCUGGUCUGAUGAAACCAAGAUUGAACCUGGCACCAUCCCUAUGGUGAAGCGUGGUGGUAGCAUCAUGCUGUGGGGAUGUUUUUCAGCGGCAGGGACUGGGAGACUAGUCAGGGAUCGAGGGAAAGAUGAAUGGAGCAAAGUACGGAGAUCCUUGAUGAAAACCUGCUCCAGAGCGCUCAGGACCUCAGACUGAGGAGACGGUUCACCUUCCAACAGGACAACGACCCUAAGCACACAGCCGAGACAACGCAGGAGUGGCUUCGGGACAAGUCUCUGAAUGUCCUUGAGUGGCCCAGCCAAACACUGGACUUGAACCCGAUCGAACAUCACUGGAGAGACCUGAAAAUAGCUGUGCAGCGACGCACCCCAUCCAACCUGACAGCGCUUGAGAGGAUCUGCAGAGAAGAAUGAGAUACAUUUUUUAUUAAUCACAAUUUUCUUUAACCAAUUUUGGUCUGUAAUGCAGAGCCGACAGACAAGUUCCUUACUUUUUCCCCCUUCCACUUGCCUCUUCCAUUUUUGCGGUAAUGCUGCAAUUAGUUGGUUGUAAGCAGACAUUUCCAUAUAUUUUUGUUAGCUGCAUGUGUGACAACUCCACCAGUCAUAUUUAUAAUAUAAUUUACAAAGAUCAUACAGUUUUUAAACAUUUAUUAUUUUAUUUUUAUUUUUAUCAAUUAGUAUAUUUGAGUUUUAAUCAUAUUUGUUGUAAUAUUUGUUCUGUCUUUUCUGUUGGAUUAAACUGAAAUUGCAACCAACUUUCUAUGGCUUGUUAUAAAAACACCGAUACUAAACUGAAAUUGCAACCAACUUUCUACGGCUUGUUUUAAAAAGAGCGAUACUAAACUGAAAUUGCAGCCAACUUUCUACGGCUUGUUUUAAAAAGAGCGAUACUAAACUGAAAUUGCAACCAACUUUCUACGGCUUGUUUUAAAAAGAGCGACAUUUUGGUGAUAAUUAAAUUUUCAAAUAACCGAAAGUGAGAGGUUGUAAUCUGAAUAAAGGGGAAAGGCCAUUCUUGAUUCUUACUUUUUGUUGUUUAUUUUGCUCUUUUCAGACGCUGCCUACAGAUGUUGGCCGCUGGACUAUUCCUGCCAGGCUCAGUAGGCAUCACUGACCCCUGUGAGAGUGGAAACUUCCGGGUGCACACCGUCAUGACCCUCGAGCAGCAGGUAAUAACAUCUCUUUAGCUGCCUUCAUGGUGCAGGGGUGGAGAACCUUGGUCUUAGUGACAGGGUUUGCUCCAGCCCAGCACUAAAACACUAAAUCUGUUUCCAUGAUCAUUUAGGUAUGUGAAUUGAAAGUGUGUGUGUCUGUUUUGUUUUUGCAGGACAUGGUGUGUUUCACUGCUCAGACGUUGGUGAGGGUACUCUCUCAUGGAGGGUACAGGAAGAUCCUGGGCCUGGAGGGUGAUGCCAGCUGUGAGUCUCUCGCGUGUGCGCUCUCUCACACACACACACACCCACCCUUUUUCUCAAAGUAAACAUUAAAUAAAUCUACCUCACUCUCCCAGACCUGGCUUCGGAAAUGUCCACAUGGGACGGCGUGAUCGUCACACCUUCUGAGAAGGCCUACGAGAAGCCGCCAGAGAGGAAGGAAGAGGAGGAUGAGGCGCUGGAGGAAGGAGGAGAUGUAGAGGAUGAAAGCAUGGAGACACAGGAGUGAGAAAGACCUGGAAAGUGGUGAGCUGCCUGGUACCAGUAGCCAGUCAAAAACAGGCUCAUUACCAGGCUAGCUAGCUGCCUAGCUUGUUGUUACAGCUCCUACAGUAGCUUUGUUAGCGCAUUAGCUAACUUAAGCCAUAGUUAGCUUGAAACGUAACAUUCUGUAAAUUAGCCUACUUUGCAUAGUUGCUAGUAGCAAAUCCCAUUCAUGUAUUUAAGAGUAAACAAAAUCAACAUUACUUUUUUGUUUAUGGAAAGAAAUCAUUGUAACACCAAGUCAUAACGAAGUAAGCUAUGUAGCCAACUAGCAGUGCUGCCACACAUCAACAACCAGCAAGAGAGACUAGCCUGCGAUAGUAGUGCAUGGUGCCGUAGAGAAAAGCGCCAUCUACUGUAUCAGUGUUAUAGGUGAGAAUUCUGUAAAAUCAACUCCGCUUUACACAGAGUAUAAUAGGAGAGGGUUUGCGAAGGACAUUCUUUUAUCUUUGAGAACCACUCAAAGUUCAACUUCGAUUCUAGCGAUUCUAACCCUGUGGGCUGAGUGAUGGUUGCGCCAGAUAUCCUCUGUAUUAAGACAAAAAGGUCAAGGCUUAAUGGGAGACGGGCAGCGCCAUUAGCGUUGCGAGUGACAAAAGGCCAAAUGGUGUUAGUGGUGGGAUCCAAUUCACUGUUUUACCCAUACAAUGUGAUCUGAGGCUUAACAACUUGUUAAUUUUCUCCUCUUGUAGCCAUCCAGAGGAUCCUGUGCCACGUCUUUUAAACAAUCGUUUACCCCUGACCCUUUUGGAGACCCUUCGCUCGCCCCUUUGUCCUUCAAUGAAGUUCAUGUCCACUAAUCAUGAAUUGACUCCAUCGACCUGGACCAAAGUGCGCCAACUGGACGGACAGACUCACAUAUAGACUGUUACUGGUCCCUCAACGCCCUCAACAAAAAUGAAAUUGAUGGUCUUCUCAAAAGGGGCGGGUGUCACUAUUAAUUUGUAUUCCGUGUCUUUGUGUGGUUUUUAAUUUGUAACAGCAAUGAUGACUAAAUUAAACAACUUCUUUAUUUUAAUA